UGGGAAUGAGGGUUUCUCCUCCCCAUUCUCUCUUGGCCUCGCUUGCUGCAGGUGUGUAUCUCCAGUGGAGAGAGCCAGUAAGAGGAGAGGUGUCCUGCUGGCAGUCAGUGGCUGAGCAGCGUGCUGCCCACUAUGGCUGGUUGGUUUAGGCGGCUCCUGCACAAACCCAAGCCCAGCUCAGCGGAAAGCCUCAAGUCCAGCCACUCUGCUUCAUCCUCGCCUUCCUCCUCCUCCUCGUCCUCUGCCAAGAGCUCCAGCUCUUCUCCUGGCACGAGCCUGGCCACCAGCUCCAUCUCCCUGUCACCCGUGUCAGCAGUGGACAUCAGCGCCUCCGACAGUCCCCGGUGGGACAAGAGCUACGACGUCUGCAUCUGCCACAGCGAGGGGGACGUGGAGCUGGUGCUGGAGCUGGUGUCCUACCUGGAGGGGCAGCCCGAGAGCUUCCGCUGCUUCCUGCAGCUGCGGGACGCGGCGGCGGGCAGCGCGGUGGUGACGGAGCUGUGCGACGCCGUGCAGAACAGCCACUGCUGGGUCAUGCUCAUCACCCCCGGCUUCCUGCAGGACCCCUGGUGCCGGUACCAGAUGCACCAGGCCUUGGCCGAGGCUCCCAUGGCCAACGGACGCACCAUCCCGGUGCUGAAGGACGUGGAUCGCAAGGAUUAUCCCAGGGAGCUGCGGAACAUCUACUACAUCUACAUGGCGCUGAAGGAGAAGAGCUUCAGGCAGAUCAGAGACACUGUCAUGCGCUACCUCCAGGAACUGUGCCGGAGCUCCACAAAAAGCAUGGAGUAGUGCUGGGAGAGGAAGAUGCAUCCCCACGGGCAUCACGGAGCUGUCGCCGUUGGACCUGGGUGUUGGCAUGUCUCGUUGGACCUUGAGGUCAAACCUGAGCUGCUCAGACCAGACCUGGCACCAAAGAUAGGGAGUCCUCCACAUCCAUGAGGGACAGCAGACCGGAGCCCACGAUGUGGCCAAAAUCUCCUCAGCAGGGACAGGGCCAUCCAUCACACAAACACUAAACUCUGGUAUCGGGUGGUUCUCGGGGUCAUGAGAGCUCUUUACUGCACUGGCAUUUUCUGUCCUGAGGGUCCAGGACCCCUACUAAGCUGACAAGGAACCUUGUGGGCGCCUGUGGGCAGGACGAGAUGAGGCAGGCGGUGACGCUGUACGGAGUCGUUGUGACUACGAAAAUGCAGAAGUUUUAAAUGUU